GGGGCCGUCGGGCACACGUGACAGACCGCCUGCCUGUCCCAACCGGCACUUUGCCUUCUUCGAACUCCUCCUCCCCGUUUCUCUUUCCUCUUCUUGUCCUGAACCCAAACCCUGCGAAGCAAACGCGUUACUCGAUUUGGUCAUUCUUCCUCCCCCCUCAAAAGCAUCAUUCCUCUUUGGGCAUCUGUCUUCACAUCCCCCAGAUAAUCCCCAUUACCUGCUUCUUGACAUUACUCUAUCUUUUCUUUUCUUCCUUCCCCCGCCGUUCUACCCUUGUUCCAGCAUGGCCGACAUCACUGCCGUCGGUGAGGAGAACCCUUCUCCUACCCAGGAUGACCUGCAGCAGGCCGCCGGUAACGGCGCCGCUGACAACCGCACCAAGCGUGCUCGUAUGAGCGCCGACGAUGACGACGAUGAUGACGAUAAGCCCGGUCGCGAGCGCAGAAAGAUUGAAAUCAAGUUCAUCCAGGAUAAGUCGCGUCGCCACAUCACUUUCUCCAAGCGGAAGGCGGGUAUCAUGAAGAAGGCAUACGAGCUGUCGGUUCUCACGGGCACCCAGGUGCUAUUGCUAGUCGUGUCUGAGACUGGUCUCGUCUAUACUUUCACUACCCCCAAGCUUCAACCAUUGGUGACGAAAGCCGAGGGCAAGAACCUCAUCCAGGCCUGUCUCAAUGCACCCGAUCCUACCACCAAUGAGAACGGUGUCGAGGCCGGUGAUGUGCCGACAGAGACACCCGAGGAUGUCGCCGCCCACAACAAUGUCAAUGCCCAGCAGCAGAACAUCCCUCGCCCUGCGGGCAUGCACCCAGGCUAUAUGACCAACGAACAGCAGCAGCAGAUGGCCUACUACCAAAAUCUUCAGCAGCAACAGCAAGCUGGUGGGCAGUACCCUGGAAUGCCCGUGGGCAACCGGAUGCCGCCCCAGCACCAGCCCACUGCAUAAGCGGUGGUCUUGCUUCUGCGUAAUAUGUCCUCAGAAGCCGCGGAAUCCAGAUGUUUGUUGUUUCGCGUCUUCGUCAACUUCAACAUGUGCACCUCCGCACCAUCGGCCUUCCUUUGAUACCCAGCGAAAUCUGAAUUCUCUUGCCCUGCAAAUGACGCUCUAAACGCGGUUUCCGUCGUAUACCAGCAACAUAACACAAACACCAAAGGUGCCUUAGCUUGUAACCUGUGUAUAUCAUGAGCCGUUGAUUCAACGUUGAGGGGUCUGCAGCACCGUUCUCGUGCUGGCUAGAUUCCGAUUCUAUUUAUUCCGAAGUCAUACAAGACCAAGGGUUUAAAAAAAUAAAAAGACAAAAAAAAAAUUCAGAAAAAAAAAAGUUCAAUUGACGAUGAAACACGAAGGAUGCAAGCGCUUGGUUCUGGGUUCCGAAGCUAUUAAUUGUUUUCUUCACGUUCAUCUAAUUAUCUGCUAGACGACAAGUGGAGGUGGCGGUGUUACUGGUGCUUUUCAUCUCUUCUCUUUACUCCUGGCGAAGUGGUUUUCCUUACAAUGUUUUUUAUCCAUAAUUUGUGUUU